AUGGCCUCCAAAGAUGACAAGCUCAGGGGGAGCAAGCCCCGGUUGGGGCCACCUCUUCCAUCUCCCAGAUGUGGAGAUUCCCCAGCUUGGAAAAAAGAUGUCCCCAGCCCAUGUCCUCUGCCUGCCUCUGGGACCUGGAGACACACAAAAGCCCAGGAGGAGGAGGAAGAGGAGGAAGAUAAAUAUGAGCUGCCCCCCUGUGAGGCUCUACCCCUCAGUCUUGUCUCUGCCCACCUUCCUGGCACCGAGGAGGACUCUUUGUACUUGGAUCACCCUGGCCCCCCGGGCCCAUGCAAGUCACCGCCACCGCCACCGCGACCCCAGCCCCAGCCCACAACGCUGAAGGCAAUACUGAACCUGCAGGAGGCUAGGAAGCAGGGACAGCCCUUUGGGAAGCAAGAGUUGGCUACACCGGCCAGAAUGGUGCCAAGCCCUCCAAAGAAAUCUGAUGAGAACAUCUACUUGGAAUGUGAGCCCAGUCCAGUCCUGGCCUUGACUCGAACUCUGAGCUCUCAAGUCCUGAUGCCCCCAGACCCUCUUCCAAGGACAUCAGUGGUGCCCAGGUCCACCGCAGCCCCCCAGGAAGCUUGGAAUGGAGCAGCGAACGACACUUGUAAAGGGUCUGCACCAAAGCAGGAAGCUCCUAGCCCGUACCUCAAGAUCAUCCCUCAUUUGGAGGUCACUCGUGGCCUAGCUGGAAGGAGAUCCUCUCUUUCCUGCAUAACACCCACCCGGAGCACCUCAGCUGCUGAGGACAGCAGCCUUCUGGGUCAGCCUUGGUACUCAGGGAACUGUGACCGCCAUGCUGUUGAGAGUGCCCUGCUCCAAUUCCGAAAGGAUGGGGCCUACACUGUGCGCCCCAGCUCAGAGCCUCAUGGCUCACAGCCCCUUACCCUGGCAGUGCUUCUCCAUGGCCGGGUCUUCAACAUUCCCAUCCGGCGGCUGGAUGGUGGGAGCCACUAUGCCCUGGGCCGGGAGGGCAGGAACCACGAGGAGCUGUUCUCCUCCGUGUCUGCCAUGGUCUGGCACUACACACAGCACCCGCUGCCCCUUGUGGACAGACACAGUGGUAGCCGUCAGCUCACCUGCCUGCUCUUCCCCACCAAGCCCUGA